CCACCUCCUCAACCCGUUUCCCCUCUGCCUUCUUGGCUGGUUAAAGCAGCUGCAGGUGACUUCGAGGAGUUCGACAUUUUCCUCUCAAAGCUCUCCCCCAACGUUGAGGCGCCCGACUUCAGCCACCUUGGUGGUGCGCGGCCUCAGGCUCCUGCCGAUUCGUUGGUUUGCAAGUCAGGCGGCCGAUUGAAACUUGAAUCAUGGCUGGCUGGAGCUCCUCUUCGGGUUGAUUCGUUUGCUGAGGGCACCGAGCAUGCUGUCGAUGAUUGUUCCUUUCUGGGGUUUCCUAUGAGUCAAGUGUUUUCUCAGCGAGGGCAAGCACCUGACCCCUCGAAGAAGGGCUGCAUCGACUUGUUCUGUGGCUCUGGAGGGAUAGCUCGUGCUCUGGUUCGUCAAGGAGCUCCUUGGGUGAUUGGUUUCGAUGUGAUCAGAAGUCCGUUGCAGGAUUUGGCAAAUCCCAAGUGCCAAGCUGCUGUGAUUUCUCUGGUUGAGUCGGGCGCUGUCAAUGUGGUCGCUAUGGCGCCCCCUGCAGCUACCUUUUCUAGAGCUGUUACGCCAGCCGUGAGGUCUCGAAGAUUUCCAUAUGGUGUUCCGUGGCUGGGCGGUGCAAUGAAGCAAAAGGUUGAGCGUGACAACGCGUUGGCGGCGCUGUGCUUGAAGCUGGUGCGGCUCUGCGAGUCGAAAGGAGUUACUUGGUGGCUGGAGCACCCUGACACGUCGCUGCUGUGGUGCCUUCAGGGUUUCAAGAGAUUCGCUAGCCCCUCAAGUACUUCUGUUUGGAGAUGCGAUCUGUGUUUCUUUGGAACCCCGUGGCGAAAAAGAACGGGUCGCUCUUCUGCGUACAAGCAAGCUUGGACCGCUCUGUCACAACCGUACCCGCGCGGCUUCUGUGACGCUUUAGCUCGCGCUGCUGCUCGGGCGGAAGGCUGGGCUGAUGCAAGCGGGAGGUUGACCCUCUCCAGCUGCGCUCGCUGCGGGCACAUGAGGAUCGGCGAAGCAAAGAACCCAGGUCCUCGACACCGGCUUCAUGCUCGAGAUGGAGAUCUGCUGACAAGGCCUUUGCAGACGCAGACCACCCUAGUGUACGAAUCGAAGCUGUGGGAUGACUUCGUUGGCUGGUGCUCUUCGGUCGUGUCUGACCCUCAGUCUUGCUUCUCUCUCUUCCCUCUCUUUGCCGCCAUGGCCCUCCGCGCUUACGGUGACUGGUGCUUCACAACUGGGCGCACGCUUAGCAGUUUUCGGCACUGUGUGAUCGCUGUCCAGCGGAGAGUGCUUGGGUCAAAGCCUUACCUAAGCCUGGCCUGGGAAAUGGUCUCCAGAUGGGAAGCUUUGGAACCGCCGGCACACAGAUGCCCUUUGCCGGAGCCAAUGCUGAAGGCUAUGUGUGCACUUGCGUGUUUCUGGGUUAUGCGCCGGUGGGCAGGUGUGACUCUUUUGGCAUUUUAUGGCCUCGCCAGGAUCGGUGAGGUGCUUCGUUGCCGAAGAUCUGACCUUCUGCUCCCAGAGGAUCUUUUAGACGAUGCACAUGGUGCUUUGUACCUGUGUUUUAAGAGCUCAAAGACGGCAACCAGAGGACGACCCAAGGUUCAGCACACCAAGGUUUCAGACGUCCGUGCAGUGAGCUGGAUUUCGGCAAUUUUUGGAGGCUUGGCCCCGGAUGAUUUGCUUUGGCCAUCUUCCCCAGCUGCAUAUCGGCACCGCUGGAAUGUGCUACUCAAGCAUUUGGACGUGCCCCUAGGCUUGCGCUUGAUGCCAGGUGGACUGCGAGGCGGCGGGGCAGUGCAUCUGUACCGCAGCGGGCAUCCACUCACUGAGCUGCAAUGGUCUAUGCGCUUGAAACACCUGGGGACGCUCGAACAUUAUCUGCAGGAGGUAGCUGCAGUGACAGCCCUCACAGACAUAUCUCCACAUGGCCGCUCACUGAUCCGUACUGCGGCUCAGCUCUUCGAUGCUUUGGGCGAGCCGCCCUGA